CACACUUCCGCAUCUUCGCCCUUCUCCUCCCCCUUUCCCCACAGCCUGCUCCAUCCCCGUUCUCCUCAUUCGUCUCACGCUCUACCGCUGUGAGCUUCUUCUGGAUUGGCUCUGUUAUGAAUUUGCAUAAACCUCUCAACGCAAACGCGUCCUCGCGGCACCGUCUCCUCUGCGCCUCCUUUAACCAGGAUCAGGAAUGUUUUGCUGUCGGUCACGAGCACGGCUUCCAGGUCUUCAACACUGACCCCAUGGAGCGGCGGGUAAAGCGAGAGUUCGCCGACGGCGGAAUCGGGAUCGUGCAGAUGCUCCACCGUACAAACUACCUGGCCUUAGUCGGCGGCGGGCGUACUCCAAAGUAUCCACAGAACAAGGUCAUAAUAUGGGACGAUCUGAAAAACAUCGCCGCGCUCUCGCUCGAGUUUCUCUCACCCGUCCUGCAAGUCCUCCUCUCGCGCACGCGCAUCGUCGUCUGUCUCCGCAGCAAGAUUUACGUCUACAUAUUCUCGUCUCCGCCAGUGCGUCUCUCAGUCUACGAGACAAUCGACAACCCCACCGGCAUCUGUGCGAUGCAAAACAAUCAGCUCGUGUUCCCUGGUAUCACCGAGGGCCAUAUCCAGAUCGUUGAUCUAUCGCCACAGGGCCAGGACCGCAACCUAGUCUCAAUCGUGCGUGCGCACAAAGGGAAAAUCAAAUGUCUGGCCGUGAGCCACGACGGCUCAUUGAUUGCCUCCGCGUCAGAGACUGGCACCAUCAUUCGCAUCCACUCGACCGCAAACACCUCGCUGCUGCACGAGUUCCGUCGCGGAAUCGACCGCGCCGUGAUCCACUCACUAUCCUUCUCGCCUUCAUCUAACCGUCUCGCUCUUCUCUCCGACAAGGACACCCUCCACAUCUUCGACACCUCCCCCCUCUCCGGCUCUAGCAACCGGCGGCACAUCCUCUCAAAAGUUCCGCUCCUGCCUCGCUACUUUUCUGGCGAAUGGAGUUUCGUCUCCACUCGCAUCUCAGACGAGCGUAUCGGCCGCGGCAUUCUCGGCUGGGCCUCUGACGACGCGAUCGUCAUAAUAUGGACAGUCGAAGGCAUGCUUGAAAAAUACGCGAUCCGAGAACGAAAGGACUUUCAACGCAAGGCGCCAGCUACCCUUGCCGGAGGUGCCACCAACGGCGGGAACGGUAACGCGAAAAUCGGAGGCAUCGGCGAUCAGAGCACGGAGCAGUGGGAACUUGUCCGCGAAAGUUGGCGGAGUUUUGAGGAUCUAUGAUGCGCGUUCACUCUUUAUAUUGCCACUUUUCACUCGUUUUACUGGUAACUUGCGAUUUGUUUUUCUGAUAGCUUAGUGCUACUCUUAUGGGUGAUUAUAUAUAUGUGUACGAGACGACCUGUAAAAUAUCUGGCCCUUUUUGUGAAGUAAUGGCAUUCGUCGUCUACAGAUACCAUUUUAAUGAGAUUCGAUAUCCAGCUAUACUCCAACAGGAGCUAUCGUAGAGCUAUAAUACGUAAAAGAGCAAAUUGAC